CAGUAAGCUCUCCUGCCAUACUUGUGUCUAGCCUCAUUGGCACUUCUACUCCACAGCAACUUUCUCUCACGCCCUCUUCGUCCUGUCUGGAUAGAAACACAAGAAAGGUCCAGGAGGAGGCCCUUCGAGCCUGCCCUGCCAUACAUCAUGAUCAUGGCUGAUCAUCCAACUCAACAGCCUAACCCUACUUUCUCCCCAUAACCAUUGAUCCCAUUUGCCCCAAGUGCUAUAUUUAGUCGCCUCUUGAAUACAUUUGAUAUGUUGGCAUCAACUAUUUCCUGUGGUAAUGAAUUCCACAGGCUCACCACUCUUUGCGUGAAGAAAUGUCUCCUCACCUCCAUCCUAAAUGGUCUACCCUGAAUCCUCAUACUGCGUCCCCUGGUUUUGGUCACACCCACCAUUGGGAACAUGCUCCCUGAAUCUACCCUGUCCAGUCCUGUUAGAAUUUUGCAAAUCUACGAGACACCCCUCAUUUGUCUGAACUCCAGUGAAAACAAUCCUAACCUAAUCAAUCUCUCCUCGUAUGUCAGACCUGUCAUCCCCGGAAUCAGCAUGGUAAACCUUUUGCUGUACUUCCUCAAGAGCAAGACCAUCCUUCCUCAGAAAAGGAGACCAAAACUGCACACAGUAUUCCAGGUGUGGUCUCACCAAGGUCCCUGUACAACACAUCAGAUCCUGGGCCACCUCCAGUGUCACAAUGACUCCACCUGCAAACUGGAGGAGCAGCACCACAUAUUCCACCUUGGGACCCCACAGCCCGAUGGCCUAAAUGUGGAUUUUACCAGUCUCAAAAUCUCCCCACCCCCGGGCCUCCUCCCAUGUCCAGCCCUCCCUCUCAUCCCCAUCUCCUUGAUCUGAUACAGCCUGUCCAUCUUGUCUCCCACCUAUCCACUACUCCCAUUUCACUGACCAAUCCCUGCCACUCCCUACCUGCACUCACCUAUCCCCAUCCCUGUCCCUCCUAUCUAUUUCUGAGCUCCCUUCCCCCUCCCCCCAUUUCUGGAAAAAGGGACCUGACCCAAAACGUCAGCUUUCCUGCCCCUCUGAUGCUGCCUGGCCUGCUGUGUCCCUCCAGCUCCACGCUGUGUUAUCACUGACUCCAGCUUCGGCAGUUUUUAGUAUCUCUGAGCAGAUCCUUCUCUGCUGUUUUUCCACAUUUGCCCACCUUUCUCUCAAAUGGAUUGAUGCUGUUCCCAUCCACCAUUUACCAUGGCAGAGAGUUCCGGUCUCCCCACUGAGUAAAGGGGUUCCUCCCGACUUCCCUGUUGGAUUUGUUAAGAUGGGUCUUAAAUAAUGGCCCUGAGCUCUGGUGUUUCCCAGUGUUUCUCUGGUGUACUUCCUAUGUACUCAGUCUCUUUCAGAAUUCUAUGGUUAUCAAUCAGCUCACCCCUCUGCUUUUUGUUUGCCGGAAAGAGCCCUCCAGCAUAUUCAGCCUUUGCUCAUAGUUUGGGCCCUACCCUUGUUUCUGCUUGUACAGGAUGAAUGAAGAACUGUCUUGUCCCAAGAAUAUCCUGAUUGUUUGAUUGUGCUCCUGGUAUCCUACUGUCAUCUGGUUCAGAAAUGUUCAAGUGUAUGAGUUAAAGAGCCAGAGUGAGGGUGAACAGCACUGUUUCUGGAUGCUGAGUGUUGCCAUCUGAGUUCUGAUGAAAUCUUUGAUUAUAGUUCACUGGGAAAAAUUGCAAAUCUGGGAGACGGUAGCCAGCACUAUAAGGAAGUCCUCAUUCCAUUUUUAAAAGCCACCCUCUUUGGGAUGCUGUUGAUGUUUCGUACCUUGGGAAAAUGUCAGUGUUUGCAGUCAGUUGUUGAAUUCUCGCUUCAAACGAAUGUGUUCAACGAAAAUAAAACCUGGUGUCUCAGUGCUGUGCUUUUGUUAUUCAAUUUGUUUUUUUUAGGUCCAUAUCAUCUGAUCUUUUUGAUACUGGGGAAAAAGAACCAAAGAACCGCAGAUGCUGGAAAUCCGAAACAAAAACCGAAAUUGCUAGAGAAACUCAGCAGGUCUGGCAGCAUCUGUGGAGUGAAAGCAGAGUUCAUGUUUCCGAUUUCACCACCCAAUGAACACAUUGUCCUCAGUGAUCCCUGGAGACCCUGGUGGGAGCGAUACCAGCCAAUCAGUUACAAAAUUUGCUCGAGAUCAGGCAACGAGGAUGAAUUCAAAGACAUGGUGGCAAGGUGCAACAAUGUUGGUGUUCGAAUCUAUGCAGAUACUGUGAUUAACCACAUGUGUGGAGCAGGAGCUGGCUCUGGGAGACAUUCUUCCUGUGAAUCGUACUUUGAUGCUGGAGCAGAAAGUUUUCCCGCAGUUCCAUAUUCAUCCUGGGAUUUUAACGAUGGCAAGUGUAAAACCGCAAGUGGAAACAUUGAAAACUACAAUGACAUUGACCAGAUACGGAACUGCAGGCUGGUGAGUCUCCUGGAUCUGGCCUUGCAGAAAGACUAUGUGAGGGGCAAGAUUGCAGAGUACCUGAAUCACCUGAUUGAGCUGGGGGUGGCUGGUUUCCGUGUGGAUGCCUCGAAGCAUAUGUGGCCUGGAGACAUGGAAGCAAUCUUCCAGAAGCUCAACAACCUCAACACUCACUGGUUCAGCAAGGGCUCCAAACCCUUCAUCUAUCAGGAGGUGAUUGAUCUGGGAGGGGAACCAGUGAAAGCCUCUCAGUAUUUUGGGUUGGGCCGAGUGACAGAAUUCAAAUAUGGAGCCAAGCUGGGCACAGUAGUUCGCAGGUGGAAUGGGGAGAAGAUGGCAUACUUAAGGAACUGGGGAGAAGGCUGGGCCUUCAUGCCUAAUGACCGGGCCCUGGUCUUUGUCGAUAACCAUGACAACCAGCGAGGACAAGGAGCUGGUGGGGCUUCCAUUCUCACCUUCUGGGACUCUCGGCUCUACAAAGUGGCUGUCGCUUUUAUGCUGGCUCACCCUUACGGCCUGACUCGAGUAAUGUCCAGCUAUCGCUGGAAUCGCUACUUUGUUAAUGGGAAGGAUGUGAAUGAUUGGAUGGGACCACCCAGCAAUAACGAUGGAACGACUAAGCACGUGGCCCUGAAUCCAGACACCACCUGUAGGGACGGCUGGGUGUGUGAGCAUCGCUGGCGGCAGAUCAGGAACAUGGUUAUCUUUCGCAAUGUGGUGGAUGGACAGCCCUUUGCUAAUUGGUGGGACAAUGGAAGCAAUCAGAUUGCAUUUGGACGUGGGAAUAAAGGUUUCCUCGCAAUCAACAAUGACAAUUGGAACAUGGGGGUAACUCUACAGACAGGCCUCCCUGCUGGCACAUACUGUGACGUUAUCUCAGGCCAGAAGGAAGAGACACGCUGCACAGGGAUACAGGUCAACGUCAACGCAGAUGGUACAGCAUCAUUCCAAAUCAGUAACACUGCUGAGGAUCCCAUGGUGGCUAUUCAUGUUGGUGCUAAACUGUAG